AUGGCCCAAUUUUUCGGUCUCUCCUCGUCCGUCCCAUUCCCAUCCAUCUGGACCAUGGCGUACCAGAUCGCAAUUUUCUUCGUCAUGGAGGAUACCUGGCAUUAUUUCUCUCACCGCGCUCUUCAUUGGGGUCCCCUGUACAAGGCUAUCCAUAAGAUACACCAUCAGUAUUCGGCACCCUUCGGUCUGGCGGCGGAAUAUGCAUCUCCGAUCGAGGUCAUGAUCCUCGGCUUCGGUUCCGUGGGCUGCCCGAUCGUCUGGUGUGCAUUAACCGGCGAUUUGCACAUCAUGACUAUGUACAUCUGGAUUGUCUUGCGCUUGUUCCAGGCCAUUGAUGCUCACAGUGGUUAUGAGUUCCCCUGGAGUCUGCAUCACUUCUUGCCUUUCUGGGCGGGUGCCGAUCAUCAUGACCUGCACCAUGAGAAGUUCAUCGGCAACUUCUCGAGCAGCUUCCGGUGGUGGGAUUAUCUGCUGGACACGGAAUAUACCCCGGAUGCGCUCAAGCGGCGCAGGGAGAACAAGGCCAAGUCUUCAACAAAGGCUCAAUAA